GACUCGCCGGGCUGUGUCCACCCUGUGUCACCGCCGCACGCGCUGAGCCAUCUUGUGGCCUCGAGUGGAGGUUUGUCUCUCAUGCCGGCGAAGGUCCUGCUUAUUGCCUCUGUCCUUGUCGUGCCCGCACAGGCUCCGCCACCGACGAUUCACCCGGACUGCAAUGUUGUGUGCGUUGGCGUCCCCUGCGGGACGUUCUACGACACCACUUGCUCAGAUCAAGCGGUAAAGUUGCCAUCGUGCAACUGCGGGAAUUGCUGUCGCCCAGACCCGCCCGCCACCCAAGCGGUCGCCGCUCACGCAACGCCCGCUGCUCAGACGCCGGUCUUCACCACGCGUGGGCCCAACAGUGUGGUCCUCUGGCAGCCUCCUGGCCCGGGCCGCAAGGCUGGCGCGUGCGCUGGGCCGACGACGAUGCAAGCGGAUCCCAUCUGGCAGGCGGUGACGAUCGCCGAGUGCCAAGAGUACUGCGCUCUCGACAUUGAAUGCGUCGCGAUCGAGUUCACGGAGUUCGUCCCAAAGUGGCAGCGCUUGUACGCACGAGAGUAUGCACGCUGCAUGGCCAUCGACUUGCCCUCCAAAGUCACGCACGUCUUGCCGCGUCCCGACGGCGCUCGCUGCCUCGUCAAGCCGGCGCGCGGUCUCUGCCCUCCCCCAACGCGCACUUGCCCGUGCUGCUGGCUCGCCGGGCCCGGCGUCGAUUUCAAGUACGGCAGCACGCCAUGCGCCGAGCUGCAGAACGCCGACUCAGCAACAUGAACCUCGAAGGUGCCAAACUGGACGGCGUGGACAUGCAGUGCGCCAAGCUGGACGGCGCGUCGCUCAAGGGGGCCAGCUUUGGCGGCGCGAAUCUCAAGUCUGUCAGCUUCGUCGGCGCCAACCUCGACGGCGCCGACUUCACCCAGGCCGACGCCAACUUUGCAGAUUUCAAGGGGGCCAACCUCAUGAACGCGAAGUUUCUUGAGGCCACCGUUGAGAGGGCCAACUUCAAGGGCGCCCUGGGACUGCAGUUUGCCGAGUUCGCGGGAGCAAACGGGAUCGAUCUCGCCACAUGGGGCCCCGGAGGCGUCGCGGGACGAGGGGCGCUGCCUCCCCCGCCCCCGCCUUAGACCGCCCACCCACUAUAGGGAGGGGUGGAAGAAAUGUGAAGAUUCGGAUUUGUGAAUAGUAUUUGCACGCGCCAGUUCGCACCUGUGUCGAGCCUGUCUGCUGGGCAAGAGAUUUCUUUUGUUUAAAAAUUCCUAUUUGUG